UUUUCCUUCUUUCUUUCUUCGCGAGGGGCUGAGGGCUGUGGGGCUGUCUCCUCUCGUAAAUGCUGUCGAGCACGCCGCUUGCGUUGCACGUGCAACAGGCUGGUGCAAUUUGAUCCGAUCUGUUCCUCUUCUGUGCGUAUCUCCUCCCCAAUUAGCCAAUAUGCAUUCCGAUAGACUCUAAACCUUCUUUUGAGCUCCCUAGGGUGGUCCUGUGAGCCGUUAUCUGCAGGGCAGGCUGCAGACAGGCAAUUGUAUGUAGCUUCUGUUCGGAGGUAGAUGCGCAGCUGGGCCUGCAUGGUCUGUACUGGCAUGCGAAGUUGAGAGAGUCGAUUUUGUGCAAUUCUUCCCCAUCGGCCUGGCUCCGGAUGCGCCGAGGUUAGGUGCCGUGUACCCAGUCCGGUCGGGUCUCGAUCAAAUUCUCCCUCACGCCUCGUGGUUUGAACUCCGCACGCCCUUCUGUGUCACGCCCGUGCUCGCUCGCUCGAGCACAUUCGGGACCGGCACUCACGUUUGAGCUACAAAAUCUCAGAGCCCGCUGCCUGUGCGCUCUCAUCCACACACCGUCUCUCAGCUGCAGCUAACGAUGCGCGGCAGGCUCAUUGUCAACGUUGGCUGGUCUGCUCAACACCGUGCCGGCGCCUCCGUCCAAUGCCGUUCAUGAAUCGCGUUGCUCUCCCUCUACGUAAGGUUUGACAGCAGACGCUGGACGAAGCUGAGCGAGACGAGCACAUUUUGAGUUUUUCUCUGAGUCGCGCCUCCAUUUCCCAGCCAAAUGAAUAUUGUCUCUGAUAGCUUCGGCAGACGAGCACCAGGACACUGUCUCGAACUGACUGCUGGUGCUGUUUAACGCGGCACGCUUGAACCUUAAUCUCUUGUAGUUGUGAACUUUGGACAGGUACGAUAGCUCGUGCACGCGCAAGGCCAAUGCCCUCGUUACGCCUUUCUGGAUUGGUCAGGUGUUUCAGUCACUUAAACAAAUUACUUCUCAGUUUCCAGCUUAUUGUUGUUCUUCUACUAUGCCCGACCCAGCCGACAUCGAUGUAUGUGGAGUCUGCCGUGACGAAUGGAACAUACAUGCUGGGAUUUCUGUCUCCCAAUCCAGGAACGAACAUUCCCGAAAGCUUGUCUAUAGAGUGGCGAUCUGCGUUUCGAGUCGCUGUGGAUGUGCUCAACGCCAACCGCUCUUACAAAUUCGAGCCCUACAUGGAGGACAGCGACUGCACUUUUGUAGCAGCCCAAUCAGAUGCGUCGAGGAUGAUGAGACAAGAAGGACUGAUCGGGGCCGUAGGUCCGGCCUGUAGUGGGGCUGCAAUAGCUGCGGCGAUGAUUUUUGAUCAGGAAGGACCUGCAGCACUAGUCUCCUUCGCAGCAACUGCGGAACCUUUGUCUAAUCGAACCUACUAUCCGACAUUUUUCCGCACAGUGUACACUGACAGGCAUCAAGCGAAGGCAGUAGUAGCCAGUAUGGAGAGACUGGCUAUAACCAACGCAACAAUACUGUACACCAAUGACUACUACAGCACUAAUUUAGCUUCCGAGAUCAACUUGCAGACGGCUGGCGGAGUAAGAAUGGUAUUGUUGGAGCCAGGAUACAACGUGACUGUGAACAAAGAGCAGCUCAAGACUAUAUUGAACUCACUGAAGCCCAGUGACUUCGUCAUUCUUGUUGUGCAACCUACAGUUGCGCAGGAUAUAUGGAAAUUGGCCUAUCAACUGGAUAAGAUAAGAUAUCCCUGGUGGUACUUCGGCACCGAUGGAGCAACAGCAUUCGACCCGAUUAACAUAGAUCAAGGGCUGGUGAGCGCACUCGAAGGAGAGAUUGGGUUGGCUCCGUAUGGUGGAGAUUUUUCAGCAAACUCCCAAUGCAGCAGUUUUUAUAUGCAUUGGCAGGAAAUGGCUGACAAGUAUCCGGGUCUACCAUCACUUGGAGCCAACAAGUCUCGCUCGUAUGUACCGUAUCUUUUUGACGCUGUUUUGGCUUUUUACAAAGUCGUCGAUGAACUGCACGAAGCUGGACUUGAAGUUACAAGACUGAACGUUUUCAAAUCCUUCAAUGCGAGUGGCAAACAUCAACUGAGAUUUAAUGGUUGCACUGGAGUAGUCGAAUUCGAUCCAGAGACUGGUGCACGCAGUAUUACAGCUCAGCCUCCAGUAUAUGAUCUGGUUUCUAUGACGUUGCAUUCUUGGGAGUUGAAGGGGAGGAUCACAAAUGAAUCAUUUGUGAACUUGCUGCCCCUCGAGAGACCGGGAAGCUACCCUGCACCCGGGCAGGGAGUCUACGACCCGGAGCCAAGUGGUCAUAAGAAAGCUUCCGGAGGUCUCAUUGCGGGCAUAGUGUUUUUGGUAGUUGCCAUUCUUGUUCUGAUAACUGCGUGUUUCGUAUAUUAUGCUAAAAAAUGUAAUUCACCAAUGUUCAAUAGAUUAUAAACUGAAAAUUAGGUCCCUUGUAUCCGAUCCAUCUGUAGAACCCUCAUUGACGAGAGAUAAGACUUGCUUGAGAGCAAUGUUUCUCACACUUGUGUAUACCUCCUGUCAUGAGUGACCCUCACAACCUUCGUAGCAGCAUUUCCAAAUUCUCACAUUGGUUUCCUCUUACUUUUGUAUCAUAGAAAUUGUUUCAAUUUGGAUCCACGGAUACAAACACUGUAGACUUAGUAGAUUAAUCUGGUAUAGCUUUGUUGUGUUCAGAACAGGCAAUUCAUCUGUAGGCUGACUCCUUUGUAGCUCUCACAGUGGCCCUAAUUUAAAAUUAUUCGUUGAAUACAUCAAUGUCACAGUAGUAAACCCAAACUCAACUUCUUCAUCGUUUACUGUGAAUGCUGUCCCGUCAAUUCAGGUAUAUAACCUCGUGGAGUCUCCCGAGACCUGCUUGCGCGAUUCUCAAGUUUAACAGCUGUGGUUUAA